GGUAGAAUACCUCUACCACUUUUUGAAUUCGCGCGCACCUUUUAAGUGGUUAAUUUCUCUCUAAUGCCACCUCCACCAUUAAUAUCGCUUGAUGUUGAAGGUGUAUAUUUUAAGACAAGGAUAGCUACUUUGAAAUCUAUAGAAGGAACUUAUUUUACUAAAUUAUUCGAAACUAAUUGGAGGGAGCAGCUUGAUAGAGAUGGUAGACUCUUCAUCGACCGUGAUUCUUCAGUAUUUCCGGUUAUUCUCAACUUUCUAAGAGAUCAUGAGAAAUGUUCAUUGCCAAAAGACGAAUAUCAGCUUAUGCGAAUCUUACGUGAAGCGGUAUUUUUCAAAAUUGGACCACUUCGAAACAUGAUAGAACAUAAGCUGCGAACAUUUUGUACUUGCCCACCUGAACUUCCAUCAACUCCAAUACCGAACCAAAUCUUGACCCAAAAAGAAAAUGUUCCGAUUGUCCCACGUAAUCUUCUUCUUUCGAAACCACCUCCACCUCCACCACCACCACUUCCGUCAUUGAUGCAGCCGAAGGAUACUGUACAAAUUCCGAUGAGAAAACCUCCAACUGGCAGAAAUUCCAAAAAAAUUAAAACGUCUGCAGAUUCGAUUAGUCUUCCAAGGAACUUUACACAUAUUGCACAUGUUGGUUGGAAUGGUGCAUCGGUACUUUUUGAUAAGAAAAUGACUGAUGAUCCGACUGUGAGGAAAAUCUGUGAUGCUGCUGCAGAGGCAGUUGAUCUUAGUGCGGUAUACAAUGUUGUCAACAAAAAUGCGGAUGAGGAGAGCCAUAGCGUGGAAGUGCUCAUAACUGGAGGAUUAAUGCAGUCAAGAGAUGGAACAUCUCGUCACUAACCAUUUGAAUAUAUCUGUGUCAAAAUAAAUUAUUUAUGUCAUGUCUUGCAUGCCAACAGAUACGCGUUUUUCGAAUUUUCGAAAAUUCGCAAUCACAGCUGGUGGUUUUUUAUUGUCUGAAUUGACCGACAGCAAAUUUUAGUGAUCUCUGACAAAACAUCAGAAAAUAAAAAACUACGCUUUUUUGUCCGCAGUUUGAAAAUUUAAGGAAAAACUGAAUAUAAAUAUUAUUU